AUGAGUCUUCUCUUAUUUACAACAUUAAUUACGAAUAAUGAAGAACGUUAUGAUCAAUGUCCAUCUUAUAUGAAACUUGAUAAUGAAACAAAAUCAUGUUUUAAUUGUGCAGAAUUAACUUUUGGUGAUAUAUCACUUAUAAUUAAACCAAUAAGUUCAUGUCGUUUAAAAGUUCUCGAAGCAAUACGUAGUCUUGGUGAACAUAUAUGUAUGAAUUUUAUUCUUCAUCAUCAAAAUCCUCAACAAUUAACAGAUAAUCUUCGGUCAGCUAUUGGCUUACGAGAUGAUCAAUUUCUCCCCAUGGAGCAAAAUAUUGAAGAAAACGCACUGCGUAACGAGUUUCCAAGAUUGUAA